GGGCCGCCAAGAUCACCCAGUUUGGGUUUGAACCCGGCUUCUGGCCCUUGAGCUCUCUGUCCCGGGGCUCCGGGUUGGGGUUCGUUUCCUUUUUCAGGCCGGGCUCUGAGCGCGGCGUCCUUGUGCGGCCCUAAUCCCGGUGUUCUCCACCAGUAGAAGGUGGAGGUGGGUCUGACGGGCUGGAGGAGCUGCGGCGGAAGGACACCUUCGCGCUGUUGGCCGCAUGGCACUGGAUGAAUAGAGCGCGAGUCCCCGAAGGGUGAAACUUAGGAAGGCGGCCGCCUCUGGAGGCACCGUCUUUUUGCAAAGAUGUCAAAAGGAGGUGUUGAGAUCUCCAACUGAGGAUGAGGGGGAAGGACUGAGCCCGGGUCCGGCUUUGAAACGACUGGCAACUUGUUUUCUUCCUGGUAGUUGGCCAAUAGAUGAAGGAGGGAGACAAAUCCCUGCCCUCCCUGCUCCAGGGCCCGUAGCCACAAAAACUCCUUCCUCUGAAGUCCAUCCUCUUUGCCCCCUUUCAGAGAUGAAGUCGAAUGGUCUGGGUCAAAGGAAGAGGCUGCUCUUGCGAAGCUGAACAAAGAACUAAAGGGGAGAGGGGUUAAUAAUAUCCUCCCUCCUUGUUCCUCUUCCUUAUCUGUAAAAUUGAUGAAUUUAGAAAUAAAAAGACCGUAGAGGUCUUUGGUGAAACUAGCCUUCGCUUUUCCCCAACAGAGAAACAAGACGUUCAGAGAGGGGGAGGGACCUGCGAAGGUCACACCGCUAGGUCGCAGCCCGCCUAGGAUUCGAACCCAAGUCUGCUCACUUCCAAUCUAUUUAAAUCCAACUCAGUGGAAAGGCAAGACCUCACCCUGCUAGUGUCAUUGGGCCUCUUCAGAAAGGAAGGGCGGGAUGCUAAGGUUUCAAAGGUUGCUUCCAGCUGUUAGCUGUUGGUCCUGGGAGUCCGUGACCUCCUUUCUUCUUUUCCCUUAACUUUUCUCUAAGUUCCCGUUUCCCAACCGUGAUCUCUCAGUUGCUGAUUCUUCCAGCCUCCAGACUGAGCACAGGGGCAUCGAUGAUGCCGGAUCUCUGGGUCAGGGCCGCCUGACAUCCACAGGCACUUCAAGGGGAGCUUCUGGGAAGGGAUGUGUGCUCUGGUCAUCGGGCACGCUGCUCAGGGUAUGUGCUGGAUGUGAUCCACCCAGGCUUGCGAAGGGUCGUGUGUGUGCCUGCAUGUCAUCCCUACCUGGAGGAGGGAGAUUGUGCAUGUCCCCAAGGCUUCCUCAGCAUCCUUUGGGCACUGGCCUAAAUCACUUUUCAAGUCCUUUGUGGCAGCACGCUGCUGCCGGGUGAUCAUCUCAGGAUGCCCGGAGGCCUGAAGGCGGAUGUUCUGGUGGGUCUAGACCGACUUCAUCCAGCCUCAGGAGCGUUUGGCCAGUGUGGGGGGAGGGAGGGAGGUUAGGGGGACGGAAGGGGAAAAUCAAAUCUGGGACAGCCCUAGCCCGAGGCGCAGCAGACACUGAGCCCCGAUGCUCAGGCAUAUGACGCUGGGGCUGCUUCCUCUCUCCCCCGGAGUGAGUGUGAGUGUGUGCGCGCGCGCCCGUGUGUGCUCUCUGUGUCUGUGGGAGGCGAAGCCUAGCUGGCCGGUGGCUGCCUGACACCGGAGAACUCUUCGCUGGAUCAGUCCUGGGCGCGCAGUGAGCCCGCCUUCGCCUCCGGCCGCCCUCAGGGAUAUGCGUUCCAGUGAUAACCACAACCCUUGGACUAUGACCUAGGGGUAGCAUGGACCCCAAACUCCAAGUCCCCUGGAACAAAAUGGAACUGAGAAGGGUAGACUAUCUUUUAACUCCUUGAAGGGUAACAUCCUCAUUGGUCCAGAAGAUGGGGAACAUCACAGUGGGCCCUUCCUCUAGCAACUGUACCAUUGACCAUACCAUUCACCAGACUCUGGCUCCUGUGAUAUACAUUUUGGUUUUGGUGGUGGGUUUUCCAGCCAAUUGCCUCUCUCUCUACUAUGGCUACCUGCAGAUCAAAGCCAAGAACGAACUGGGGGUCUACCUCUGCAACCUGACUGUGGCUGACCUCCUCUAUAUCUGUUCCCUGCCCUUCUGGCUCCAGUAUGUUCUGCAGCAUGACAACUGGUCCCAUGGAGACUUGUCCUGUAAGAUCUGUGGCAUUCUCCUCUAUGAGAACAUUUAUAUCAGUGUGGGCUUUCUCUGCUGCAUUUCCAUUGAUAGGUACCUGGCAGUGGCCCAUCCUUUCCGCUUCCACCAAUUCCGCACCGUGAAGGCUGCUGCCGGGGUCAGCGUGGUGAUCUGGGUCAAGGAGCUUCUGGCUGGUGUCCAUUUCCUCAUGCAUAAUGAAGUUGUGAAGGAUAAGGACCAACACCGGGUCUGCUUUGAGCAUUAUCCCAUUCAGCCAUGGCAGCGGACCAUCAAUUAUUACCGGUUCUCUGUGGGCUUCCUCUUUCCCAUUUGCCUGCUCUUCUUCUCUUACUGGGGCAUCCUGCGGGCUGUACGGAGAAGCCACGGCACUCAGAAGAACAGAAAAGACCAAAUCCAGAGACUAGUAUUGAGUACCAUGGUUAUUUUCCUCGUCUGCUUUCUGCCUUAUCACGUCCUGCUGGUUGUACGAAGCCUGUGGGAAGAUAAUUGCGAGUUUGCCAAGGGAAUCUUCAACCCCUACCACUUCUCCCUCCUCUUGACCAGUUUCAACUGCGUGGCUGACCCAGUGCUUUACUGUUUUGUGAGUGAGAACACCCACAGGGAUUUGGCCAGGUUGCGCAGUUCCUGCUUUGGCUUCCUGACCUGCUCCAGCAGGAGAGGGUCCAAGGAGUCCUACCCAUUGAGCAGCCCAGAGGCCUCUGGGAAAAAUGAAGCCCAGAAGGAGGAACCUGAGUUGCUAACUAAACUCCACUCCCCAGGCCAGGUCAUCUCCUCUCCUGGAGUGAUAGGGCCCAGCGCAGGAAUGUCAGACUAGACCCAGUCAUUCAGCCUAGAGGGAAUCAGUGGUAUGGUCUGUAGUAUGGAGCUGUCUUCUUUCCAAAUGGACCCUGGCUUCACCUACAAGUUCCUCCUAGGUCAUUGCCCAGCUAAAUAAAGCCUGAAAAUGGGAAGAAGAGAGGCAGGCGGGUAGAAGGAGGUAGAGGAAGGCAGAAGAAGGAAAAGGUUCCUCAUCCUUGCUAGGACUUCCUUCAUUUCACUCAUCACUCAACAGUUUGACCUCUGCCUCUCCCCUCCUCUUUUGACAAUAUACAAUCUCUUCAUGACAAAUGAAAGUGAAAAAAUGAGCUCUGGGCAAAUGUUGCAGCUCAGCCUAGUUCCCCUAGCCCCAACUUCCAACCUCUGCUGGCUCCGGGAAUACUCCCUGGGACACACAGGCUGAGUGAAUCAACUCCUGCAGAUUCCCAGGCUUGAGAAGGCAGCAGCACAUCCAGGCAGCCUGUGACUGCCUCUCUGUUGCCUGGGAAGGGAAACAGGGAUUGUGGCCUCUAAGGCAUUUUCAAAGAAAAAACAGAGAGGGUGCCAGUGUAUUGUGAAAGAAGAAUUAUGGACGGGUGCCGUGAUAAAGAGAGUGGCAGGUGGGGUAUAAAACCAUUUUCAUAAGAAGGUACUGUUGUAUGUGUACGUUUCCAAUUAGUCCUACCUAACCAGUGUGCCUGGGUCUACAUUUCCCAUAUUGCCUGCUCCUUUCCGUUAAUGAAUUGGCAUUAAAAUGUACCUUUAUUGUUUGAGGAAAAGAGAGACAUGAAAAAGCUAUUAUCAUCCAUUUACUCUACUAGUCCAUGUAAAAGAAUGAGGACAAAAGGAUAAGGCAUUCUGAUGGGAAAAAAGAGAUGGUCCAAAUGUCCUUCUGUGAAAAGGGGGAAGCUGCUGGACAUCAGGGAACACAAUGAGGUUUCUGAGUUGGGAGGUCAAGGAGAGAAGGAUAGAGGAUUCCCUAAUGGAUCCCCAGCUUGAAUUUUUACCGGAGACUUUGAGCUAUUGGAAAAUUAAUAUUGGCUGACCUUAUUCACUGCCCUGGGCUUUCAGGAAAGGCUGGGUGGGAGUGGGCCAAAUAUGCCAUUCCCAUUCUCUUUGUCUAUUGAAAAAUAAAUCUCAGGGGGCAUGAAGGCUUCAAGUAUUCAAAGGGCCAUCAUGAGGAACAGAGAUUAGAUUUGUUCUUGCUUGGCUCCAGAGGACAGAACUAGGAACAACAGAUAUAUGUUACAUGGACAAAUCCAAUGUAAGGAGAAAACUGCUAAUAAUUAGAGCUGUUCAAGAAAUCCCACUCCUCCCAUUUUUAGUCUUUCACCUCUUCGUUUCUGAAUUCAGCAGAUAUUUCAGAUUCAGUUUUAUUAUGCUCCAAGUAGGAAGGCAAUGCAUGUCAGCGAGGGCUUCUCGCAAGGCAAGCCACCCCAAAGUUUCCCAUUUCCAUCUGCCCAAAGGCAGCAGGCUCAGGAGCCGCACGGGGAACACAGAAGGGUGUCUAGAGUCAAUAUGCCCGUGUCCUCAGUAGCAGCCAGACCCCGGAGAAUGAGAGCAGCAAAGAACUCUCCUGGGAUGAUGGUCUUAGAAUGGCCCUCCUACAUCAAAAGAAAUUCCAUAAUGGAGGCCACCUUAAUGGAGACCUUCCUCUAGUUCCCUUCUAGUUCUCAAGUUAACCUCUUAGAUGCUGUUCACUUUCUCUGUCACUGGCACACGUUCCACAGCGUUCAGCACCUUCAGUCUGAAAACUUCCUUCCUUCCAUGGCUAGGAAGCCUCUAGAACUAAGCCUUGCUAUCAACUCCUCCCUGGCUUCCUGCCCUGGUUAACCAAUUCAAUUUAAUGGAAAUUUGCUUGAGGACCUACCUGUGGUAGACCCUGGCAACCAUCCAUGUAAAAUGAGAUCCCUGACAUCAUAGAGCCUAGAAUCCAAUAGACUUAUAGUUAACUAUGAUACACAGUAAUACAUGGGAGUAAUCAUAAAUUAUUUACUAAGUAACCGUGGGCAAGUCACCUUGUUUGUCCCGCUGAUCCUCACCUGUAAAAUGAAGGGAUUGGACUAAGUGGCCUCUGAAUCCCAUCUAGCCCUAGAUCUCUGAUUCUGUAAACUAAGGUCUCUCUCACUCUAGCAUUCUAUAAAUCUAUAAUCUGUGUUUUUCAGUCAUAUCUGACUCUUUGUGACCUCAUUUGGAAUUUUCUUGGCAAAGAUAGUGGAAUGGUUUGCCAUUUCCUUCUUUAGGUCAUUUUUUUACAGAUGAGGAAACUGAGGCAAACAGGGUGACAUGACUUACCCACAGUCAUACAGCUAGUAAGAGUCUGAAGCCAGAUUUGAACUCCCAGAUCAAAGUCUUUCUGACUCAAGACCUGACACUCUAUCCACUGUGCCACCUGGCCAUCCAUGAUUUGCAUUAGAGGGAUGCAAACCAGGUGCUGUGUGAAGUAGAGGGUCAAGGAGGCAGUUCAUGCAUGUAGUGAAAGAUUAUUAUUGAUGGGAGGAAACCCAGAAGGCUUUUUGAUAGUUGAGAUCCAAGAGAUAGAUGGUAAUUCAGCAGACAACCUUGUUUUCUACCUACAAGAUUUGCACCAAAGCUUUUCUCUGGCCCUUCUUGAUCCCUCCCUUUUUUUUAAAACAUUUAAAAAGUUCUAGGAUUGUUCUGCAUUGAGAAAUCAGGAGUGGUAUCUUGGUGCCAUGGAUAUUUAUCAAUUCAAGACUUGCUCCUGACAAUUACUGUGUGAUCCUAGGCAAGUCACUUGACUUUUUUUUUAAGCCCUUACUUUCUCUUUUAUUAAUUCUAAGACAAAAGAGUAGAAAGGGCUAGACAAUGGGGGUUAAGUGACUUGUCCAGGGUCACACAACUAGGAAGUAUCUGAGGUCAGAUUUGAACCCAGGUCCUCUCAACUCCAGGCCAGACACUCUGUUCAUUGUGCUACUGAGCUAUCCUGAAAUCAUUUAACUUCUUGGUAGCUCAGUUAACUCUCAGCUGCAGGGCAGGUACCAGUCUGCAUUGGUAGAGAGGGACUGGCCAUUCACUACACCCACAAAAUCACAGAUCUGAACCCCACCAAAGUUAUUCCAUCACUUACUGCUCCUUCUACCAAUAUGAGUCACAACCUCUAUCACUUAGUGAUAAAUUGUAGCAGCAAAAACAAACAAGUGACUUAUCCUCUGGGAGAGGAUCCCCUUUGGACAUUGCUACAGUGGUUCCCAGAGAACAGACCCAGUCCGAUGUCCCCACACCCAUCCUCAAUGCCUUUAUGACCCGGUAUUGUAGUUGGACUUUAGUGCAGCCUGAUUGCUUUCCUUCCAUUUUUUUAAACCCUUGACUUCGGUCUUAGUAUCAGUUCUAAGACAAAAGAAUGACAAGGGAUAGGCAAUUGAGUGAAGUGUUUGAGACCAGAUUUGAACCCAGGUCUUCCCAACUCCAGGCAUGGCAUUCUAUCCACUGUGCUUUUUUUCCUUUCCUUAAAAAAAAAAAAAGAUAUUGUGAGCUUCUCUCGGGCAUCUAUGGACCAGUCCAAAGUCACCAUUUUGACCCUGUGAUGCCCUAAGUCACCUCCAAGACCCAGUGCCAAGUCGAACAGUGGAGAAAGGGCUGGUUUGGGGGGAGGGAAGGGACAUCUAUCUCCAGAUCUUUUCCCAACUACAGUUUUCCCUUCAAUCCUUCUCUUUUUUUCUUCAGGGAAUUUAUAAUCCUGCCAUGAACGAUCCAUUAAGAAAACGAAGCAGGUGCCAAAACCCUUUAAUAAUGACUGGCAUUUACAUGGCACUUUAACAUUUGCUGAAUGCUUUGGGUCCAUUAUCUCAUUUGAUUCUCACUUUAGCUUUGUGAGGGAGGUUCUGUUUGUCAAUCACCCACAUUUUCUAGGUGAGGAAGAUGACACCCCAAAUGUGACGAGCCAAAGGUGACAUAUCGAGGAAGCAGCAGAGAUGGAGAAGUAUGGUUCAAUGAUUGGAGAAUUGGCCUCAGAGGGAGAAAGUUUGAGCCUCUGGCUCAUCCUGGUCGUGCACCCAUGGGCAGACCUCUUAACCACUCAGUGCCCAGGCAACUUUUUUCCCUUUUUUUUUUUUUAGAAUUUUUAACUUCUGUCUUAGUAUGAAUUCUAAGACAGAAGAGUGGUAAGGGUUAGGCAAUGGGGGUUAAGUGACUUGCCCAAGGUCACACAGCCAAGUAGUAUUUGAGAUCAGACUUGAACUCUCUUGACUCCCAGUCUGGUGCUCUAUCCCUGGUUUCAGGCAACUUUCUAAGACUAUAAAUUACCGAGAAAGAUCAAUCUGUUUUGGUUAAGCCCUCAUAGGGAGCUCCCUACACCAAUAAAAUCACAAAUCUAGUUUUAUAAAAAAGUAAGGGGCAGAACUUGAACCCAGGACAUCUUGAUUCCAAGACUAGAACUCUUUUUCUCCUGUGUUAACAGUUUUCAAAGCAUGGUCCCAAGACCCCAUGGAGUCCCAGAGAGCCUUUCAGGGAAUCUGCAAGGUUAAAAUGACUUUUUAUAGCAACCCUAAAUUAUUUUAAUUGGUUAUUAAUAUCAAUAGAUAGAACACAUUAUCCAAAGUCCUUUAGGGAGGGGUCUUCAAUCAUAUACUUUUUUAACCCUCACCUUCCAUCUUAGAAUCAAUACUGAAUAUUGGUUCUAAGGCAGAAGAGCAGUAAGGGCUAGGCAAUGGGGGUUAAGUGACUCACAUAGCUGGGAAGUAUCUGUGGCCAGAUUUGAACCGGAUCUCCCGUCUCUGGGCCUGGCUUUCAAUCCACUGAGCUACCUAGCUGCCCCCAAUAAUUUUUUUUAAGAAUGUAAAAAAAGUUCUGAGAUGGAAGUUUAAGAAUCCCUGCCCCAUGAUGUCUUCUCUAGUCCCUGUUAGAGAUUUUCUUCAUCACUAAGGAAUUCAGAUGCUCUAGAUUUGGAACAAAGGGCAGUUAAGCAGCAGUGGAUGGAGCACUGAGUCUAGAGGCAGAAAGACUCACCUUCCUGAGUACAAAUCUGGCCUCAUACACUUACUAGCUGUGUGACCCUGGGCAAGUCACUUUCACAGUAUUUGUCUUAAUUUCCUCAUCUGUAAGAUGAGCUGGAGAAGGCAAUGGCAAACCACUCCAGUAUCUGGGCCAAAAAAAACCCAAAUGGGGUCAAGAAGAGUCAGAAAUGACUGAACAGCAACAUAAAUUUGGAAUGGGAACCUAGAAAGCAGAUAUUCUCCAUCCCUAAGAUCAGCUGUCGGAUUCCCUCUUAAAAACUCAUAUGGCAGUAUAAUACAAUAGAAAGAGCAUUAGCCCUGGAGCAGAAGGGCCUGGAUUCAAAUUCUGCUUCUGAUAUUUCCCUGACCUCAUUUGAAAAAGCCACUUAGUCCUGGGAUCUCAGAUUCCUCUUCUCUAAAAUGAGGGGAUUCACUGGAUUGCCUCAUAAGAUUUAGUCUAUGAUAAUUUCUCCCCACCCCACCCUUUCCCACCUGCCCCUGCAGAGCUAGCCCCUGGCGAAGGGAAAUCUGUAGAGAAGGUUUGGGAAAAUGAACUCCAGCUGAACUGUGUGUGUCUAGGUCAGUGAUGGCGAACCUUUUAGGGACUGAUUGCCCAAACUGCACCCUUGUGCAGCAUGUGAGCCCCACCCCCAUUUCUGCACUUCCCACCCUUGCUUAAGACAGGGGAGGGAGGAAGUGUACCCAUUGGACUGCUGGGUAGAGGAACAAGUGAAGUGAGGAAUGUCCUCAGGAAUGCAUGGAUGGGGGAGGGGAGCAGUUACUUCUGGCAUGCAUGCCACAGGUUCACCAGCAUGGCUGUAAGGGAUGGAUGGGGUGCUGUUCUCUCAGCAAUUGCCCAAACUUAGUAUGUGAUCUCCCAACUCUUCCAGCACAGACUGUCACUCCCACUCCCCCAAACAAUAACUAAUUAAGCUUAACCCUAACUAACAUGCCUGUAGUAGCCUGUAACAUUUCCCUUUGAGAAGGGAAAGAACCCCAGACUGUCUUAUACCUGGAAUGAACUUACCUUCCCAUCUGCCCCUCAGAAGCUUCAGUUUACCAUCAUAGGUGCAACUUUCUACAAGAACCCUUUGCUGAUCUCCACCUCCCUAUCCCUGUCCCCCCCCACUCUAUGAACCCUCCGUACUCGCCGCCCCCAGCAUUAGAGAUCUGCCCCUUCUGAAAUUACUGUGUAUAUAUUUAUAAGUUUACAUAUUGUAUCUACCAAUAGAUUGUAAGGUCCUUGAGGGAAGGAACUCUUUUUUUUUUUAGUCUCUGUACCCCCAGGGCCUACCCCAGUGCCUUGCACAUAGUAGGAAGUCAAUAAAUGCAUGUCUAAAAUUACUGAAUGGGAGGGGGGUACUUUCACACCCUGCCUCUGAAGGGAAUUUUUCUAGGACCAUAGAAUUGUUGGCACACUCGUCUUCUGGAAGAUUAAAAAAAUAUAUAUUAUUUGUUGUUUUAAAGUAUUUUUCUCGUUUCAGUCUAGUCACCAGGAACGGAUUGUGCUGAACUGAGUGUAUGUCCUGUUUACUGUGGAGAGUUGUAUUUUUGUACAGAAUUGUCUCUUUUACACCAAAUAUGCAUGUGCUGUACUAUGUAUUUGGAUUGAUGCUGCUUGCAAAUAAACCAGUGAAAUGAGGACUCACGUUA